CGAGUCCCGGCCAGUGCCUCUGCUUCCGGCGAAUUGCUCUCCCCGCGCCCGGCUUCAACAUGUCCGAGACUGCGCCCGCCGCGCCCGCCGCUCCGGCCCCUGCUGAGAAGACGCCGGUGAAAAAGAAGGCCCGCAAGACUGCUGGUGCCGCCAAGCGCAAGGCGUCCGGGCCCCCGGUGUCCGAGCUCAUCACCAAGGCCGUCGCCGCCUCCAAGGAGCGCAGCGGCGUGUCCCUGGCCGCGCUCAAGAAGGCGCUGGCGGCCGCCGGCUACGACGUGGAGAAGAACAACAGCCGCAUCAAGCUGGGCCUCAAGAGCCUGGUGAGCAAGGGCACCCUGGUGCAGACCAAGGGCACCGGCGCCUCGGGCUCCUUCAAGCUCAACAAGAAGGCAGCUUCCGGGGAAGCCAAGCCCAAAGCCAAGAAGGCGGGUGCAGCCAAGCCCAAGAGGGCCGCAGGAGCGGCCAAGAAACCCAAGAAGGCCACAGGGGCUAGCACCCCUAAGAAGAGCGCCAAGAAGACCCCAAAGAAGGCGAAAAAGCCCGCCGCGGCUGCAGGAGCCAAAAAGGCUAAGAGCCCGAAAAAAGCGAAAGCAGCCAAGCCCAAGAAGGCGCCCAAGAGCCCUGCGAAGGCCAAAGCGGUGAAGCCGAAGGCGGCUAAGCCAAAGACCGCCAAGCCCAAGGCAGCCAAGCCAAAGAAGGCGGCAGCUAAGAAGAAAUAAGUUUCUUUGGCCACCUGCUUAGAAGCUCAACACAACCCAAAGGCUCUUUUCAGAGCCACCCCAGACCUCAGGAAAAGAGCUGUUGCACACUAUUCGUAGGGGGCGUGGCGGGAGGGAAGACGCACCGCAGAGGGGCGGUACCUCCAGCACAGGGGGUGGUUCUCACUGCAACUCCAGUUGCGUACACACGACCCUUUUAGGAGCUUGGUAGUGUGGGAGGCUAAGGUAGUCCAGAGAACAUCGCCGACGUCCGUAAAACGGACACCGGUACGCCCGAUGCUAUUUCCUUCCUAUUUCCUUUUUCCACCUCCCGGAACCGAGUUCCUGCAAACUGACACAGUGCGAGAACGGAGAACAAAUUAGUUUUAAGAACUUGGUAUCAACCCACCACAAUACAGAGCUGCUCAUAAGUCGACUAGGUUAGCUAGCAAGGGGUAAAAUGUGUUAAAGACUGUUAGCCCGAGAACUCCAUCUAGGACCUCAGCACGGCCACCAGGCGUGCCCUAUUGAAGGGCCCACACUCAAUACUUGAAGCCCUACUGUAAGCCAGCAGGGAGCUGUCUCCACGAGAAAAACAGAAAGCUAACCCAGUCACAAAAGUUUCAUUGGUUCUCUUUGAAAUUACAGCGCCAUUGCUUUAGAGGCUUAUUUAUAGUAGCUUUGGGCAGCCUAUUCUAGGCCUUCUGAUUGGGUCGAAGCAAAGUAACGAAGCAGCCAAUGAAAAGCUAGACUUCCAAGUAUCUUUUACGUUCGCAUUUGUGACGACACACUAAAAUUAAUCCAAUCAGGAACGAAAUCUUGCUAACCUCAUUUGAAUACCGC